UUAUUUUAUAUACAUAGAAAAAGAACGGAAUAUGAAUUAUGUAAUAAAUUAAGACAUGCAUAUUUAGCACGUACAACAAAGUUAUUAGCUGUCCAUUUAGUUUGAGAGCUGAUUUACAUAUUCUCUAUUGUGAAUUAGCGGCAAUAUUAUUAUGAUUACAUUAUUACACGCUGAGAGCGUGAGACAUCACUGAAAGGUUUUGUAAUCUCCUGGAUUGAUAUUUAGCUAUGGUAUUUAAUUACUUCAGAUCUUGUGAUGUACUGUGUUAUAAAGAAGUGUCGUCACGCAUUUUUGAUUUAAAAUCACGUAGUCAUACAGCUGUUGCCUUUACGUUAACAUUCUACGUUCUGGACUAAUCGAGACAUUACAUAAAUAGCAAUCGAUAGCGCAAAUACUCAAAGAAAACAAUACGAAAAAAAAAAAAAACAAUCAAUUGAUCUAGAAUUUAUGUUUUAAAUAUCUAAGAUUAAUUGAAGUUUCAUAGAAUUUCGAGAGGAAAAAAAGUUUUAGUUAAAAUGGUUGUUCCCGUUCCGAAUCCAACUAAGGACUUGAUUCUUAAGCUUAUGUCUGAAAAGGAAGCAAUGGAAUCGAAAAUAUCCGAGUAUGGAAAUAUUUUGGCAAAUAAUGCUAAUGUUGGGAUGGAUGGACCCUUGAUUGAUGGAGAUGGAUUUCCACGGAACGAUAUUGAUGUUUAUCAAGUGCGACAGGCGCGUCAACAGAUAAUUUGUCUUCAAAAUGAUUAUAAGGCACUGAUGAAAGAAAUAGAGAAGCAAAUGCAUAAAUUACAUUCCGAGGCAGCGGAAAGUCAGACACAACUGUUGUCAAUCAAUACAGCUACCUUACGGUUGGAGGGUGAUAAUGACGUGCCCACUACCAGUAUGUCGCCUCCAUUGGUGGUGCCACCAGUGAAAGUUAUAGUAAAAGUAAAUAUGAUAAGUCCAGGAUCACCGGCUGAAGAGGCUGGUUUACGAGUAGAUGAUGAGAUUUUGGAAUUCGGCACCAUUAAUUCCAGAAACUUCCAAAACAAUCUAACUCAAAUUAGCGACUUGGUGCGCCAUAUGCAAAAUAAAAGGGUUCCUUUAAAAGUACUACGUAUGGGGCAACAGCUAGAUAUGAUCCUUAUACCUAAAUCGUGGAGUGGUCGAGGUCUAUUGGGUUGUAAUAUUUUAUUAGCCGAUUCUUAAGGGUUUAAAGAACAUAUUACUUAUCUAAAACAUUUUUACUAUAUAUCUAUUAAUAUUGUAAUGCAUCUACGAAAUUUAAAAUGUAUAUUGAUCUAAUAUCCGAAUCUAUAUAUCUAUAUAAUCUAUAUAUAAUUUACUGUGAUAAUAACGUCCACGGUUUAUGUCAAAACCUUAAAAUCACAUUAAAAAUUGAAAGUUGAGUAAGAACAAAAUCUAUUUGUAGUGAAGACUGUUGUCUUGUCCUAACCUAACCUAACACUGUUGUCAAAAUUCACUAUAAUUUUGUAAUAUUACAUUCAAAAAAUUAUUUUAAUAUAUUAAAGAAAUUAGGCAAGCAUUUUUUAAUAACCGCGGUUAGUUUGAAAAAGCAUUGCUGACAUGAGAGGAUUUUACAUACAAUUUUUCAUAUGCGAUUUAAAACUGCAAAUUAAUUUUAUACAUAUAAUAUAUAGGUGGCGAUUUAUUAGGCAAGGCUUGUUUAAAAAACUUCUAGAAUAAUUCCGCCAUUUUAUGAUUAUUAUUCAAGUGUUAACCUAGAUGCAGGGAGUUAAAAGUUAUUCAGGCGAAAAUAAUUGGUUUCUUAAAAAUGUUAGAUAUUGUCAUUAUAAAAUGAAGCUAAUUCUCUCGCUGUAUAUAUUUUUGCGGAUCGAGGUGCCGUUAUUUUUACUUCUUUUCGAUAAGCUAUUAUACGUCCUUGUUGCAAAUUCAAUUUAGUAAAAUGUUGUUAAUAGUUUGUGAUUUUUCUUUAUUUACUCAAUAAAUGCACUUGGUUCAAGUUUUUUCAUAUCCGGCA